AUGUUUGGCCAAAGACCUGACAUUGUCGACUCCAGAAUCAUGUCUACGACUUAUGGCUUCAAGAUUAACCGCCCGUUUGAUCCCAGUCUUCAUCCAAUUAACAAGAAGCACUUCGUUGACGGCGUAGCCUACUGUAAAGAUUGCUUUGAGGUUCUUGUUAAAGAGAAUGACAUUGUGAGGACAGGUGAAAAGAAAGUCUUCGCUCAUUACCGCCUACUGAAAGGAAGUCAAACAGCUGCAAGGUUCAGUUUUUCACCUCGACCGAUCCUGACGCCAAAUAUUCAACAGACGCUUCAGUUAGCAACCCGAUAGGAGAGGCUGUCGUCGAAUCGCCUGACGUUGCGAAAGGAACCAAGCGAAUGAUUGACUUGGCCAUAGAGUUUGGUGGGACUGAGAUUAAAGCUACUGCAAUAGACAGAAGCAGUGGGAACACUGCCACGGUUUAUCUCGACUUCCUGUGCAAUAAGGAUUAA